GAAAAAAUUAAUAAAAUGAGUUUAGAAUUGGAAAAAUCUUCGUUAAAGAGACUUUCAGACGAUAAAGUGGAAGAUAAUAAAGAAGUUGAGGAGGAGGAAGAAGAUGGUGGUUGGAUUGGUCCAUUGCCUACUGAACAGUCAGCGGCUUCUAAACCCAAAAAGAAAAAAGUUUUAGCUUAUGAACAUGUUUUCCUGGAAAAUUUACCCGAUGCUGAGUGCUACGAAAAGAGUUAUAUGCAUCGUGAUGUCAUCACCCAUUUGGUGGCUACCAAAACUGAUUUUGUUAUAACUGCCAGCAUUGAUGGUCAUAUUAAAUUCUGGAAGAAAAUGGAAGAAGGCAUUGAAUUUGUUAAACAUUUUCGAAGUCAUUUAUUGCCCAUUACUAGUCUUAGUGUGAAUGCCGGUGGUACAUUAUUGUGUUCCUCUUCAUCUGACAAAUGUGCCAAAGUCUUUGAUGUUGUUAAUUUUGAUAUGAUAAAUAUUAUAAAAUUAGGUUUUAUACCAGGUUGCAGUUGUUGGAUACAUUCGCCUGGAGAUGCCGUACAAAGUUUGGCAAUUUCGGAAAAAGAGUCCAACAAAAUUCAUAUCUAUGACGGGCAGGGCAAUGGUGAAGUACUUCAUAUAUUAGAUACAUUACAUUUAGCACCUGUCAUUGCCAUUUGUUAUAAUGUACCCAAAGAUACGGCGAUUUCUGUAGAUCGUAAUGGCAUAUUAGAAUAUUGGCAAAAUUCUAAAUACGAUUAUAAAUUUCCACAAAAGCAUGUAACAUUCGAUUCAAAAUUGGACACAAGUCUUUUUGAGUUUGCCAAGUGUAAAACAUUAGUGACCGGUCUUGCUGUGUCAAAUGACGGUCAACGUUUUGCCACCAUCUCCACGGAUCGUAAAGUACGAGUAUUUAAAUUUCAAACUGGUAAGCUUAUACGAGUCUUUGAUGAAGCCUUAUCUACCUACACCCAAAUGCAGCAAUCGUCUCAUGCUUUGCCUAACAUGGAAUUUGGCAGAAGAAUGGCUGCUGAACGUGAUUUGGAAAAAUCUGAUUUUAAUAUGAGCAAUAAUAUUAUAUUUGAUGCCAGUGGCCACUUUUUACUCUACCCAACUUUGAUUGGCAUUAAAGUUAUCAAUAUUGAGACGAAUAGAUGUGUUAACAUAUUGGGUAAAACGGAUAAUAUAAGACCUCUGCAUAUAGCUCUAUUUCAGGGUAAAGCUAAAAGAGUAAAAGCUGCUAUAACCUUGGAACAGGAAGCUAGUGAAAAUCCUGCACUACAAAAUAUACCAAAUGAUCCUACACUGUUCUGUACAGCCUACAAAAAACAACGUUUUUAUAUGUAUAGCAGACGUUUACCCUCCGAUUUACAGGAUGUUGAUCGUGAUAUAUUUAAUGAAAAACCUACCAAGGAGGAUAUAAUAGCUGUACCGGAAGGACAAGGUAUACAACGAGUAUAUGAAAAUGUGGUGCUACAUACAACGAUGGGAGACAUUCAUAUAAAACUUUUUUACAAAGAAUGUCCGAAAUCAGUGGAAAACUUUUGUGUACAUGCAAAAAAUGGUUAUUACAAUAGCCAUAUCUUUCAUCGAGUUAUUAAGGGUUUUAUGAUACAAACUGGUGAUCCUACCGGUACUGGAACUGGUGGUAAAUCCAUAUGGGGACAUGAUUUUAAAGAUGAAUUUUGUCCUAGCUUAAAACAUGAUCGGCCAUACACGGUUAGUAUGGCAAAUGCGGGUCCAAACACUAAUGGCAGUCAAUUCUUUAUAACUGUAUUACCCACGCCUUGGUUGGAUAAUAAACAUACAGUUUUUGGUCGCGUCUUCAAGGGUAUGGAAGUUUGUCAGAAUAUAUGCAAUUCGAAAACAAAUCCUAAAACUGAUAAACCUUAUGAUGAUAUAAAAAUAAUUUCUAUUCAUUUAAGUAAUUAAAAAAAUAACAAUUUAUUUGUUUAACAAUAUCCAUUAUAAAGUUUUUAGUGAAUUCAUAAUAUAAAAAUAUAUUUUUGUAGAUAUCAUAGAAUAUCAAUGCGUAUUUAUUUAAAUAAAUUAAUCAUCUUUAUAUUAUUCAUUAGGUUAAUAAA